CUUUUUUUAUUUAUGCUGUGUGACAUAGUCCGCGAAAGAAAUAUUUUACCAUAUUUUAAAGGAAUUAUUGCAAUUUACAACGUAAAAUAUCAGCCAAAAUCCUUAAAUAGUGCUUGUCUAAAGUAUACAAAAUCGCUACACAACAUUUUGUGGGACUAUAUCGUUAUGUGCGUUAUCUUUCAAUACCGUGGACGAUGUGUUCAGUUGCGCUUUGGAGCAUGUCGAAUGUAGUCAAAUGGUUCAGAGCAGCCAGUGAGAGCGCUCCUGCGACCGAUGUUGUUUGUUUUGACUUCGGACAUUGAAGUAAACAUUGUGGUCAGGACUUAUUAUCGAUAGACGAUGUUCGAUUGAGAACACUUCUGUCUCAUAAAAUAUUCUAGUCUUCAUUCUUCCAUAUACCCUCUAGUUUUGUGAUAAAAACUAUACAAGGAUUGUUCAGUUAUUGUGUGACGGACUUAAGACUAUUACUUAACGUGAAAAAUGUUUAGCAAGCACUAUGAGACGAGGCUGCUGCAGCAAUGCAGCCCCUUGAGCAAGAAGCAAUGUUUAAGAUUCCCAGCAGAACACACAAAUGGAGACAGAUUUACGCCUUGUCGAGCUGGGAACAACUGGCAGACAGCAUUCCAAGCGAUACACAGGGGCACAGAGAAUCAGCCAACAAAGAAAGCCAGAGGAGAUGGCGGCGGCGACAACGCCACUGGCGCACGAGACCAGCACGCUUACAACUGUCUCCUACAAAACGAACUUCUUGGUGCCCAAAUAGAAGAAGUCAGAGGACCCUCAGCAUCUUGUGCCGAAGGGAACAAGGCUAGUUUGGGGACAGCCCAGACCCCAAAGUCGUCGCAAGCGUAUCUGCCAGUCUACAGGUUUAAUGCGCAGAGUCAUAAUGCUGUGGAAAACAUCGAUCCAUCACCGUACAGUCUAUCCCCAAUAUCGGCGAAGUCGGAGAAACUACUCCGGUCUCCGAGGAAAGCAACGAGGAAGAUAUCGAGGAUUCCGUUCAAGGUGCUGGAUGCUCCCGAGUUGCAGGACGACUUCUACCUGAACCUGGUGGACUGGUCUGCGCAGAAUGUGCUCAGUGUGGGUCUCGGAAGCUGUGUUUAUUUAUGGAGCGCUUGUACUAGUCAGGUGACGCGGCUCUGUGAUCUCUCGUCUGAGGGUAACGCUGUGACGUCAGUCGCGUGGAGUGAGAGAGGACAUUUGGUUGCAGUUGGGACACAGAAGGGACACAUCAGCGUUUGGGACGUUGCUGUUAAUAAAGAGGUGACAAAACUUCAAGGGCACAUUGCUCGAGUGGGCGCUCUGGCGUGGAACGGAGACAUCCUCAGUUCCGGGUCCAGGGACAGGCACAUACGACAGAGAGAUACGAGGACACCACCGGUGCAAUCAUCCCGUAUCCUGCAAGGACAUAGACAGGAGGUUUGUGGUCUGAAAUGGUCGCCAGACGGCCAAUCACUUGCUUCCGGGGGCAACGACAACAAACUUUUCGUCUGGUCUAUGCACUCCACAUCCCCGGUACAAACAUACUCGGCCCACGUAGCGGCGGUGAAGGCGAUUGCCUGGUCGCCUCACCAACACGGCCUGCUAGCGUCCGGCGGCGGUACCGCCGACCGCUGCAUACGAUUCUGGAACACCCUCACCUCACAGCCCAUGCAGUGUGUCGACACAGGAUCUCAAGUAUGCAACCUGGCGUGGUCGAAGCACUCCAGCGAACUGGUGUCCACGCACGGCUACUCUCAGAACCAGAUAUUAGUUUGGAAAUAUCCGUCCUUGACGCAGGUGGCGAAACUAACAGGUCACUCAUACCGCGUCCUGUACCUAGCAUUAUCCCCCGACGGCGAGGCGAUAGUGACCGGCGCCGGCGACGAGACGCUCCGGUUUUGGAACGUUUUCUCCAAAACCCCAUCACACAAAGAGAACAAGAGCGUUCUCAACCUAUACACAGCACUUAGAUAAACUUAUAUCCUAGAUAUAUAGACCUUUUGUAUAUACUAGAUUUAUUUAUUUUUAGCUAUUUAACAAUUACGUUUCGAAGGAUUUUUUCGGUGUUUAAAAAGCUGGACUGUUCAACAGUUUGUAAUCCGUGUUUGGUUUUGGUGGUUUGUUUGUGUUUAUAUUGAAAAUAUAUUUUUGUUUUAUAGCAACACUGGGACAGGGGUGGCUGUAUAAACGGUAUUGCCAUCUCUCUCCCAGAAAUUUGGUAACUAGCUUCGAAUUGACCACCACGCCGUACCAAAUCGUUAUUUUAUACAUAAUGUACACUAGUUUGUGUAUAAAUUAUUAUAUACAUAUGAUGUAAGUAUGUAUAUUCGUUUAGAUUGAGUUGUACAUAGAUAUCUGUACAGUUACUGCGGUGACUAUUUACAGUUCUUUGAUAGAAUUGUCUUGUUGCUUAUGUUAUUAUGUUUCUAUGUAUUUACUUAGAUAGACGCGCAGGCUAAAGAUUAAAUCAACGACGAAAAUGUAAUAUUUGAUAGAUACAUAUUUAAUAAUCGCAUAAGUAA